AUGCCCCCGCACUCGUCGCACCUGUUGCAGCCACUUGACGUCGCCUGCUUCUCGCCACUAAAGCGCCUGUAUAGCGACGAGGUUUCGGCCUUAGCACGCAGUUGCAUCUACUAUAUUAACAAGGAAACCUUCCUGCCAGCCUUUAAAUUAGCGUUUAGUAAGGCUUUUACUAGAGAGAACGUUUGUGCAGGCUUUAGAGGUGCUAGGCUAGUCCUACACAACCUAGAGGUGGUGUUAUCAAAGCUUAAUGUGCGCCUGCGCACGCCAACGCCACCAAAACCUAGCAACCCAAAGACACCACGCACUGCUUACGAAGUAGAGGAGCAGUCAACUCUAAUUUAA